AGAGUGAAUGUGAACACUGAUCUUCUACCACUUGCAAAAUCUGAGCGGUUUUGCAUUAGGUACCGCAUGGAGCGAACAAAAGUCAGAGGUGAAGGCCACGGGGUCUCUUGCAAUGCUGCAGAGAUGUCUAAGAACACUGUGGAGGGAACUGGCUAUGGUAGAGAAGUGCCUGGAGAAAUCAAGUUGCCUAAAAGGAAAGCGAAAAUGAAAACUGGGAAAAUGGAAACAGGGAAAUUUUAAAUGAUGAAAGGAAAAAUGGUCCAGCAGAUAAAUAGAGGGAGAUGGAAGGACAGCACAGAAGCCAGCAUCAACCAGCGACGAAGCUGCAAGUGCUUCCACGCAAGCCAUGGCGUGCAUCUCUGUUGGAGCCCGGGGAGGCCUGUGGAAGAUCUGCCUGGUGGCGCUAUUAUCGGCUCAUGUCGCAGCGCUGGACUGCAGCAACUUCAGAGACCUGCAAAAAGUGCUCAACAGGAACAGCAUGCAACUGCUGGGACAGGUGGCCGGAGCAUUUCCCGAGGAGUGUCUGGAGGACCGGCCCACCUUCCGGUUCCCCGACAAGGUCCUGCGGUCCAAGGCUCCACAUAACGCCUGGAUGGCCACCUAUGAAAUCCUCCAGAAGCUCUUCAGUCUCUUUAAAAGGACUCUCCCCAAAACUGCCUGGGACACACGCAGUGUGGAGAGGCUCCUAAACGCGGUCCAUCUCCAGAUCAAGCGGCUCGAGACAUGCCCGCCUACAAACAGGCUCUAUCCGAGAAGCCGAAACAAAGCUACGGGACUGAAGAAAUACUUCAGAAAGAUCGACGAUUUUCUCCGAGCGAAGAACUACAGCAAGUGUGCUUGGGAGGUGGUCCGAAUAGAAGCCAAGACCUGGUUUUACUAUCUGGACAAGCUCAAAAACAGGCUGUAAAACUAUGCACUGAACAUUUCACUGCCUCGGAGCUUUGUGUCAAGCAGAGAAGUAUGAGCAAGAAACUACUGACUGGAGUUUCAGCUCCAAUGCAGACUUUGGGACUUUUAGCAACUCUGCAUGCACUUGACUUCAUUACUUGCCUGUAAAGUGAGUGCAGGUACCGCACUGACCUGGUGGACCCUGUGGAAGUUAUCUACAGAACAGUCUUUGCAAGUCAAGAAAUGACAGGAAUAUUUUUCUAAGAGUUAUUUAUUUUUGGUAUUGUUAACGUUCAUCCUGUCGUUUGUUAAAAGUGACCAAAUGUAUUUAUUUAUUUAUCUAUUUAUUUAUCUAUUUAAUUUAUAACUUUGUUUUCUUAAAGUAAAAGUCUGAUUUUACCAAAAAAAAAAAAAUGAUGAAUUUGAUGGACUUAAUGUGUUCUGAGCACAAUACUCAAUGUUUCUGGUAAGUCUGAUGUGACAACUGGGUGAAAUUUAGCUUAGAUUAUUUUACCAACAGAAAGAAAUGGGAGCCCAGACUGG